AUGGCAUCUAGCCUGCCGUGUCCCCGGGCUCUGCAGGGCGCGGCGAUGAUGAUGGAGAACAAGCCCAUGAGCCUGAAGCUGAUCAUGACCUUGGCGUUCAGCACCCUCGGAGAGCGUGCCUUCAUGAACCGCACCGUGGGCGAGAUCAUGUGGGGCUACGAGGACCCUCUGGUGCACCUCGUCAACAAGUACCUGCCAAACAUGUUUCCCUUCAAGGGCAAGUUUGGGCUCUUUGCGGAGCUGAACAACUCCAAUUCCGGGCUCUUCACCGUGUUCACGGGGGUCAAAGACUUCAGCAGGAUCCAUCUCGUGGACAAGUGGAACGGGCUUAGCAAGCGCUUCGUGGCCCCCAGCACCUUGUUUGCCAACGGCUCCACCUACCCGCCCAACGAGGGCUUCUGCCCCUGCCUGGAGUCUGGGAUUCAGAACAUCAGCACCUGCAGGUUCAAUGCACCCUUGUUUCUCUCCCACCCUCACUUCUACAACGCCGACCCGAUGCUGGCAGAGGCGGUGCUUGGCCUCCACCCCAACCCAGAGGAACAUUCCUUAUUCCUGGACGUCCACCCGGUCACCGGGAUCCCCAUGAACUGCUCUGUGAAACUACAGCUGAGCCUGUACGUCAAGGCCAUCAAAGGCAUCGGACAAACAGGGAAGAUCGAGCCAGUAGUCCUGCCGUUGAUGUGGUUUGAGGAGAGCGGGGCAAUGGAAGGUGAGCCCCUGCAGACCUUCUACACCCAGCUGGUGUUGGUGCCCAGUGUGCUACACUAUGCCCAGUACGUCCUCGUCGGGCUGGGCUGCGUCCUGCUGUUCAUCCCCAUCAUCCAUCAGAUCCGGAGCCAGGUAGGUGGCGGCUGGAGGGAGGCCCGGGCCGAACGGCCCCCUGCUCGCCUGUCGGGGUAA